CUGGAGCGGAGGCAGUGUUCCGUGCCAUCACCAUCGGCAACAGAGUCAACUGUCCCGUCUACAUCACCAAGGUGAUGAAGCAAGACUGCUGCCGACACCAUUACCCUGUUCAGGGGAGAGUGUCUGGGUCACCUGUUCUGUUGUUGGCUCCUCCCACCAGGUUCCGUUGUGUUUGGGAGCCAAUCACAGCCAGCCUGGCCACAGACGGAUCGCACUAUUGGAGCAAGAACUGGGCCAAGGCCGCCGCCUACGUGACAUCACCGCCGCUCAGCCCCGGCCCCACCACCCCAGAACACCUCCACGACCUGCUGGCCUGCGGGGACCUGCAGGUUGUUGGCAGUGCCCACUGUGCCUACAGCACGUCCCAGAAGGCCAUAGGAAAAGAUGACUUCACCCUGAUCCCCGAAGGAACCAACGGUAUCGAGGAGAGGAUGGGCUUCGUCUGGGACAAGGCUGUGGUGAGAGAGGAAAUUGAUGAGAACCAGUUUGUGGCGGUGACCAGCACCAACGCUGCUAAGAUCUUCAACCUGUACCCCCGGAAGGGACGCAUCGCUGUGGGUUCUGACGCUGACAUCGUUAUCUGGGACCCAGACAGGACCAAAACAAUCACCUCCAAACUGCAGCAGUGG